AUGUCAGUCCUUGUUUCUGGAGCAAACGGAUUCAUUGCAACACAUAUAGUGGACAAUCUGCUUGAAGCAGGCUACCCAGUCAUUGGUACAGUCAGAUCUGCCACAAAGGCCGAGCCUCUGGUCAGAGAUUUCCUAAAGAAGUACCCAGCUGCGAAGCUGAGUAUUGAAGUGGUGGAAGAUAUUACAGCUGAGGGUGCCUUUGACGGAGUGCUGCAGAACCAUCACGAUGUCAAGUACGUCCUUCACACUGCUUCCCCUGCAACCCUCGGACUGGAUAAACCUCUUAAAGAGGCAUACUUGGACCCAGCAUUGGCAGGAACUCUCAGUAUUCUUAAAUCCAUCAAAACACGUGCUCCUCAGGUGACCAACGUGGUUAUCACGUCUUCGUUUGCCGCAAUAUACGGCUUCAACAAGGAUUACGUCACCUAUACUAACGAGCAUUGGAGUCCACUUGAAUGGGAGCAGGUCAACAAUGAAGUUCUCGCUUACUGUGCAUCCAAAAAGUAUGCCGAAAAGGCUGCUUGGGAGUUUGUAGAGCAGGAGAAGCCCAACUUCAAACUAUCCACGAUUUGUCCACCGUACGUAUUUGGACCUCAGCUCUUUGAUUGGAUGGCUGCCAAAAAACUGAAUACCUCCAAUGAGCUAAUUACAAAAGUGAUCAAUACUCCGCAAACCACUGACUUCCUGGAAAAGCCAAGCGGCAUCUUUGUUGACGUGAGAGAUGUGGCAAAAAUCCACAAGCUGGCACUAGAAAAGGAAGCUUCAUACGGAACAAGACUGUUUAUUGGCUCUCAAACAUUUACAGGCCAGACAAUUCUCAAUAUUCUAAAUAAGAACUUCCCAGAGAAGAAGCUUGCUGUUGGAGCUCCAGAGAAAGAUGAUCCAAACAAGGUGCUUGGAUUCAACAUUGAAAAUGUGCUCGAAUCUAUCGGAGGCUACAAGUUCAUUUCCCUUGAACGCUCAGUGGUUGACACGGCAUCCCAGUACUGGCAAAUGAAUUCUUAA